CUAAAGCGUUUUAUUCCAUUGUUUUUCAGGGAGAGACCAAAACAUGAUGAUAACGACCAUUUCUAAUUGGUGUUAUCCAAUUUACUUUCUAAAGCCUAUUUAAUACAUUUUUCUUGUUAGGCUAUUUAUAAUGAAUUUCUACCGAACAUUUAGGGGUGCAGUCUCGCGCAACACUUUAUUUGUAUUUAGUUUUUUUUCCAAAACUUAGACGAACGUCAACUUCUUUAAACAUCUUUAAACUUUUUAAACAAAACACAGACAUUUUUGUGAUAUGUGUGAUAUGCAAUAACAUAGUCAAGUGGUAAAUAAUGGCUGUGUUUAUGUUCUGUCCGAUGUCGAUCCUCACGAAAUGAGUCGCGUACUGUUGCCAUGGUUACCUGCUCAGGCGACCACGACUUCUCAUCGCCAGGGUCUCUUAAACGCCCUAACUUCCAUUCUAACUUUUGUCUCCGAAAUGUUUGAAAAUGCAGAUUAUUGUUGUAUGUGAGUAAUAAUGGGGGUGGAUGGGGUGGGGGGGUGCUCUUUAGGCUAGUUAGAAGAAUCGUGCGUUAUCAUAUCUCUAUACUCUGAGAUGUGAUGCUAUGGUUUUGACAGUUGAACUGUUUUCCGGUGUGAAUACCUUUGAGCGCAGCUUGGUGUUUUCGGUUUUGCUGUGUGGCGCGCGCAGCUUUGAUUAGGUGGUACGAAACAUUCAAAUUCAAAUUUUUAAAAAGAGACUUCCUCUUCUGUAACUCCGGAGCUCUUCUUCACUCUAUCAAGGCGAUCAGCAGCUGCCUCUCCUGCUGUUACAUCAUGUUUAUCUCUGCGCUUUAGUAUCUCGGUCUGAACUUCUCCGCAGAGACCCGAUGGCAUCUAGGGGAUUUUGUGCUCUGUCUGACUAGGUCCGCUUGUACUAAUAUUUACUGACGCAUAUUUGAGUAUAAUAGUAAUUUAAAGAAGAAGAAAAAAAACAAUCCUGGGAGAAGACGAGUUGAAGAUCAGCUGAGGGCGCAGAGAGGACCAAGUGAUAAGACAUGACCCAGUCCUGGCCUUACCAGCAGCCCCCAGGGGAAGGGGGCACUCAGCAUUUCCUGUACUCACACUCAAAGGAGGGAAAGCAGCCCAAUUCACGACACAGACUUGUGAGGGAUGGUGUCUCUAUGAGGAUGCCCUCACGUCCACUCGUGGCCCCUCAUAAAUCCAUGCUCGCUGAUGACCUGAAGCUCAGCAGUGACGAAGAUGACAAGGAUGAGGGAAGUGAGCAAACAACUUCCUGGGCUGAUAAUGACCGCUUGUCAGGCCAGCAGCAGCGCCACACACACACACAUGUCGGAAGAGUGAGACAUUCUAGCUCAGGGUCUUCAGGAUCAGACCCCUCCAGUGAAUGGGAAAGCGAUCACAGCCAGCGAUCACGCAGCCCGAGCCCAGGGACGCACAACCGGUGCAGGACACCGACCCAGCAGCGGACCUUAAACUGCAGCACAGAGACGGAGAGUCCACCAUCCACACAAUGGCAGCUGGACAGGUGGCUUGAGAAAGUCCCUAAAAAUCAUCAGUCAUCUGACCACGACCCAGGUGGAGGACAGCAACGGACUGCGAAAUCUGACUGUGGCCGAGGACCAUCACCUGGAAGAUACUGGAGCAGAGACUCUGAAUCCAGACGGGAUUACAGUCCAUGUGAAAGUCCAGUCCCAAGUCCAAAAUUUGACUACAGCCCCAGAAACAGUCCUCAUCCCAGUCCAGAAUACAGUCCAUGCCCCAGUCCAGGAAUUAGCCUUGUGCCGAGCCCAGUGCCAAGUGUGUGCCCAAGUCCAGGAGACAGCUUCCAAGGGAGUCGAAGUCCCAGCCCUUUACACCCUCCCAGAAGCCCCAGUCCAAGUUUCUCCUUCACCGCAGUACCUAGUCAAGGUACAUAUCCUCAGGUCCAGCCACCUCAACAAGAAAGUCCCAGGCAUAAUGGACGGUCAACCGUUGGCUCUAAUCCAGCAUACCGGCCCAAAGUAAGGCCAUGGGUGCCUCCGGACCACAGUGCCAACCAGAGAAAGGAGUUUAGACCCAAAGACUCUAGAUCCAGAGACUCUCUAUCCAAACACUCCAGGCCUGGUCCUCCUCAACAACCCCAUCAUUCCAAGCACAGCUCAACAGAAAAGCCACACAAGGAUCUCAAACACAAGCUUGAAAGCAAAAACUCUGAAUCAACAAGCAAGCAAAGGUUUAACUCACCUUCAAACCCCAUUUCAAAGCAUUUAUCAAAGCAAAGACCAAGCAUUAGCCCAAAACCACAAGCCAGUCAAUCUACAGAUGACCAUAGUAUUGAACAUAAUCACAGAAGCAAUGAAACUACAGCAGUGUCAAUCCACAGUUCACAUUCCAAAUCAGGCCAUUCUUCUCAUUUUAAUACUCUAAAGAGCUCCGACCGAGGUCCCUCGUCAAAGUCCAGGGACUCUUCCCAAAGCGAAGUCAACAGUCGAUCUAGUCACAGCUCGAAGAUUAAAUCUUUUCCAGAUACAAAGCAGUCAAGAUCUAAACAGACUGCCCAAAAGAGUUCCAGCCCAAAGCCCAAGACCAAACUAGGGGAGGCCUCAGUGUCCAGAACCGGGCAUUCCCAAAAAGAUCCAAAGCCCAGAGAGAAAGAGCUAGAGGUGGACAGCCGAGGUAAUGCACAGGGAGCAACCCUGGUGCAGACCGGCAAGGAACAGAGACGAAGAAGACUGGCGGAGGAGCAAGUGAUAAGGCGUCGCUGGGUUCUGAGUUCUGAAGAAGAGGAAGACAAGGAAGAUAGGAGAACAGAGGAAGGGGAAAGAGAGAGGAAACGGAGGAGGAGGAGGGAGCAGGAAGUUGAAUGGAAGGCAGUGCAGCCCAAGCAAAGACCUCACACCAACAGCCAGCAUCACACCCAAAAGGAAUACAAUGGACACAAUCUUGAGGAACAGAGCAAGAAGAAGAGAAGGUGGAGCAAUGAGGACAUUUCCUCAGGUCUUCAUGUGACUGACACUAGCCCUUCUCCUCCACUUUCUCCACCUUUGCCUACUCCUGUCAACAAGCCCACUCACCCAUCAUCUUCCACUUCCUCCUCCUCCUCAUCCUCUUCAUCCUCAUCUUCUUCCUCUGAUUCAGACUCUGAGUCUAGUCCACCCCGGAAUGUUGCCAAAGUCCCUGCAGAUUCAACGUCAAACCAAAAAACUGUGUCAAAAAGGAGGCUUGAGAAACAGGGUUCGGGCACUGGUGCUCACCCCCAUGGGUCGAGCUUAAACACACCUGAGACUCAAGGUCGGGGCAGACACAAACUCUACACAUUGGUGCCUUUUGGCCGAACUGAAAAGUCCCCCACUGUUGCACAUCGAGGCCUGAAAAAGCUUGUUGUGAGGAUAGACCUCUCGCUUCUGGGUAGAGUCCCUAGUGCAGAUGAGAUUACAGAGAGACAGUCCUCGUCUUCAGCUUUGUCAACGGGAAAGGCAAAAGAAAAGCCAUCGAUGAAACACUUGGACCAACUGCCUGGAGAUGGCAGAAGUAAAAGAAAAGCUGAAAAUGGAGACGCUCAAAGAGAGAAUAAGAGAAAUCCCUCUCGUGCAGAUAAACUACCAGUGUCAGUCCACAGCGAGAUUGAGGAAACCCUCAACAAACAAAACGGAAGUCAGGAUGAUUACUUUUAUUCCAAGAGGCCUGUAUCCCCAUUGUCUCCUCCAUCCGGCAUACUGGAGCUCUCAAAACCCUCAGUAAAAGCUCAGCAUGCAGAGAAGUACAACACACCUCCAGAAAAAGACAAAGAUUCAACACCUCAGAAAUCACAGGUUCAGAAGACACAGCCCAAGGUAGAGGUGGAGUGUGUGGGGGUGUCAGGACCCCUCCAGUCUCUCUCUGGAUCGCUGGUUCCUCCCUCAAACCUUCCGCUUCACUACAGAGGAACUGUACCUAUCAGUGAUGUCUCUCAUCAUGCUGAGUACUACAUGCAUGAAGCCAAGAGGUUGAAACAUCGAGCAGAUGCUAUGGUGGAUAAGCUAGGAAAAGCUGUGAAUUAUGUGGAUGCUGCUUUGUCCUUUAUGGAGUGCGGUAAAGCCAUGGAAGAAGGACCACUGGAGUCCAAGUCCCCUUACACCAUGUAUGCUGAAACUGUGGAGCUCAUAAGAUACGCUAUGAAACUUAAGAGUCACGCCGGGCCUGGAGCCAGCCAGGAAGACAAACAGCUAGCUGUACUAUGUUUCCGCUGUCUUGCUCUUCUUUACUGGCAAAUGUUCAGACUUAAAAAGGACAACGCUCUAAAAUACUCCAAAGUCCUGAUGGACUACUUCAAGAGCUCUCCAAAAGGACCUCAUAAACCCCCUCCUUGGAACAGUGCUGGAAAGGAAUCUGUAGCUCCUGCCUCUAUUUGCUCUGUCAAUAUAAUGGGAUCUCACACAGGGAGCUCACGGAGCAGUGCUAUUAGCAUUCCCCAUCGCAUCCACCAGAUGGCAGCAAAUCACCUCAACAUUACCAACAGUGUCCUGUACAGUUAUGAGUACUGGGAAGUGGCUGAGACCCUGGCCAAAGAAAACAAAGAAUUUUUCAACUAUCUGAACACACUGACUGGGCCCCUGACUCUACAUAGCAGCAUGGCCCAUAUCGUCCAGUACACCAGGCAAGGGUUGCAGUGGAUCCGGAUCAGUGCUAAUCUAUCAUAAUACCAUGUACAGACAUUCUCAAACUUCACAAAUCACUUGUGGAAACAAUGUUCUGAACUAGCAAAACAUUUUACAGUUACCUGCACUCUGUGACCAAGGAGUCUGUGUUUUGGGUCAAGACAGUAAUGAAGAAAAUUGUGACGUGGCAUGAUGUCAUCAUAAGGUAUUAAGGAGCAGAUAUACUUCAUGUUACUGAGCAUUAAAUGUGAUAAUAUCUUAGGACAAUGUGUCAGAAAUAAUCAUGUUUUCUGUAAUGCAAUUAAGCAGGUCAAAUGAAAAGAAUCUUCCUCAUUCAAUUCUUAGCACUUCUUAAAAAAUGCUUACUGAAAGUUUUGAAAAGGAACCAUUGUCAGCUAAUUCAUCAAAUGCUGCUCUUCCAAAAUGUGCCAAGAAAUUAAAUUUAAAAAGGUUUUAUUUUCUGUAUGAAUUCAAUUGCCGUUAUAAACCUUUUACUGGAUUAAAGUGAUGUUUUUAUGACGGGAUGUUGCAUUAUCUAACUGUCAUCAAAAACUUUUUUUUCAUGAGCCUAUUUUAACUUCUUAUAUCAAAAACUGUGCAUGCACAAAGUCUCUUUCAGAUCUGUGGAUGUGAUUCAUGAUUUUUUCUUCUUUGUGCAAUAAGUCUAAGAUUUUUUUCAGUAUGUGUCAUGUAGAUGUUUCGGUGCUGUUUUUCAAUAGCCAGCAUAAUGUCAUGUCAGUCUAUGCAAGACUUCUUAUGGCAUUGUGAAGUUGUAAAGUUUCAACUGUAUGAAAAAAAAUAAUCAGGACUUUUGUAAAUUAAAGUGUUUUUACAGGA